AGCAGUCUCUCCUCGUAGCUUCAGCUUCUGCUCUGUAUAAACUAGCCAUUUAUCAUCAAUCAUGGCCGCCGGAGUACAAAUUUAACUCCCGUCUUUCCUCCCUGUCGUCUGGAGGGGAGGAUUGUUUUUUUUUUUUUCCUUUUUUUUUUUUUUUCUUUUUUUUGGGUUUGAGGAAGAAAAAAAAAAAUUAGUCCCACACUGAUUUGGUUUUCCUUUUGGAAUUACAAUACAUCUCACAAGGGAAAUACCAUUCAUGUCAAUACUUCAAAAUGCAGCCGCCGCCGAGGAAGGUCAAAGUGACACAGGAGCUGAAAAACACUCACACGGAGCAGAUGACAAGACUGCACUUUAAAAACCAGACUGAAUGUGACCUGUUGGAAGAUAUGAGGAGCUACAGUCUGAAGAAGGGACAGCUGGAGCGAGACUAUGCACAGGCUCUGCAGAAGUUAGCGAGUCAGUACCUAAAGAGAGACUGGCCUGGGAUCAACCCUGAUGACCAGAGAACAGACUAUAGGAAUGUGUAUGCAGUGUGGAGGUCCUACUUAGAAGGUACAGUGCAGGUGAGCCAGUCCAGGCUGAACGUAUGUGACAACUACAAGAGUCAAGUAUCAGAGCCUGCUAAGACUGUUCGACUCUAUAAGGAGCAGCAACUCAAAAAGACCAUAGAUCAGUUGAGUGGCAUUCAAGCAGAGCUGCAGGAGUCGGUGAAAGAGUUGGCCAAAGCCAAGAAAAAAUACUACGACUGUGAGCAGGUUGCCCACGCUGUACGAGAGAAAGCCGACAUAGAGGCCAAGUCCAAACUGGGUCUUUUUCAGUCAAGAAUUAGUUUACAGAAAGCAAGUGUAAAGUUGAAAGCUAAGAGAAGCGACUGUAACUCCAAAGCAACACAGGCCAGGAAUGACUACUUGCUAACGCUAGCUGCUGCCAAUGCUCACCAUGACCGCUACUACCAUACAGAUCUACUGCACUGCAUACAGGCCUUGGAUGGCAGAAUCUAUGAGCACGUCAAAGACUACCUGGUAGCUCUGUGUCGUACUGAGCUGGAGGCCUCGCAAGCUACACACAACACUUUCCAGUUUCUUUUGGACAAAUCCACAAGGAUAAUACAAGAAUUUAACCAGCAGUUGUUCAUGCAAGAGAAUCCGGUGUUUCACAAAGCACACGACUUCCAGUUCCAGCCCAGCGAAUGUGACACGAGCCGUCAGCUGGAGUCGGAGUCGGGGACGACGGAGGAGCACAGUCUGAACAAGGAGGCCAGGAAAUGGGCAACGAGAGUAGCCAGAGAGCACAAGAAUAUCAUUCACUGCAAGAGAUCUCUGGAGGAGUGCGAGAGCCACGGCCUGCCUCCCACAGAGCAGGGCAGACUAGAUCUGGAGCUGAAGAUAGAAGACACCAAAGAAAACAUGCGCAAAGCCGAGACAAUAAAGUUGAAAGCUGAGGCUCGGUUGGACCUUCUGCGGCAAGUGGGGGUUGCUGUGGAUACCUGGCUGAAGAGCGCCAUGAACCAGGUGAUGGAGGAGCUGGAGAAUGAACGUUGGGCCAGCUACACUUCCCACGAUCCCUCACUGUCGGGCACAGUGGACUUGGAGCGUGAGGAAGGUGAAGAGUGUGAAGAGAAUAUGGAGGUUUUCGAUGACAGCAGCUCCAGUCCUUCGGGAACCCUCCGCAACUACCCGCUAACCUGCAAAGUCCUGUACUCAUACAAGGCCUCUCAGCCGGACGAGUUAACUAUUGAUGAACAGGAGAUGUUGGAGGUCAUUGAGGAUGGAGACAUGGAGGACUGGGUCAAGGCACGCAAUAAGACCGGUCAAGUGGGCUACGUCCCGGAGAAAUACCUGCAGUUCCCAACCUCCAACAGUCUUCUGAGCAUGCUCCAGUCUCUGGCUACGCUUGACGCCCGAUCACACACCUCGUCCAAUUCAACGGAGCCAGAGCUGCACUCUGGCUGCAUCAAUGGAGACACAAAUAUGGUGUACGUCCGCGCACUUUAUGAUUAUGAGGGCCAGGCAGAUGAGGAACUGUCCUUCUCCGAGGGAGCUGUGAUCCGCCUGUUGAGCCGCGACACUCAGACGGACGAUGGCUUCUGGGAGGGUGAACUGAACGGGCGGGUGGGCGUUUUCCCCUCUGUGCUCGUAGAAGAUCUCACUGAGAAUGGGGAGCCCAGCGGAGGAGGGACGGGUGACACACAGAUCUCUCCAUCGUUGAAGCUGCCAUCUUCUCUCCCACCUCUCCCGUUGUAUGACCAACCUCCCAUCAGCCCUUUCACCAGCCCUGAGACCUCCACCCCACCUCCUCUGCCUCGCUCGCCCUCUGCUGCACUUAACGGGGAGCAUAAGCCUCCAAUACCCGCCUCGUCACACAAAGGGCCGCUGUCCACCCACAAUCAAAGCUCUGGCAGGAGUCCAGUAUCUCCAGGAUUUGCUCAGACUCAACCACUGCGAUUCACUCCUGAAGGAGGCCCGGGCAAGCUACGACCUGUGCGAGCUGCUCCACCUCCACCCAAACAGCACCCCCGCCGACAGCAGGAGAAGAGCGACAAGACGGAGGAGGUGGAGAUCACGCUGGUGUGACAGGCAGACAAGCUGACGGCCGGUUACAGGCGCACAACAAAAGAAAAACAGAUGAAAGACAGACGUAUCCUACAGGCUGAGGAAGCGAACUGCUCUAAACUGAAGUGAGCGUAAACAAAGUGAUGUGAAGCAAACCGAACUGAACCACGUCGACCCCCUCCGGCCGCUCCGCAUCUUCUCUCGUCCUCAAGUUGAGGAGGAGAGCAGACAGAGGGGACAACGCCAGAGUAUCCAAUUAAAAAAUCUCUGUAUUAGCUUCCUGAUGAAGUGCAGCAGUAGCUGCCCCCACAUGCCUCUUCACCCUCCCCUGUCCUUCCAUUCUUGCCUUAAAACCUCACCUCAGUGGGCAGCAAUCAGAGCGCAGUGAAGAGGAGGAGGAAUGUUUAGAGAGGGGGAGUGUGAGGAAAAGUUAAUGAUGGGUUUGGCAAGUUUUCUUUUGUCUUGUUAAACUUACUUUAAGAUUGGAACGCAGUUUAUCUCUCUGCUACAUUUCACGUGUUUCACUCAGUUGCUAAUUACUAAUUAUGAAGUUUUUAAAAUAUUUUGGAGCCCUAUAACUGACGAAAUGUAGGCAGGGUUGUCAGAUUAGUCAAAUAGAUAACGGAAUACAUGAAUAAAACAGGGAAAAUGCAUUAAUGUCAAUGAAGUUCUAUAUUUUUAUUUUAUUUAGACCUUGAAUCAGCUGAUAAAAUACAUUAAAAUGCUAUUUAUUUAAGUCUUCUUUUUAUCUAUUCCCUAUUGCCCACACACACUUGAGCAAAACUCAUUUUUUAAAAAUUUGAAGGCACAACUUGAGAAAUGAGUAAAUAAUCUUUUUUAUCGACAGAAUAUGUUUUCAUGUAGAUAGUUAAAAGAGCCUUAGUGGAUUCUUGAGAUAAAUCAAAACAGCCGAUGGCAUUCUUAUUUCAACUUUUGGGUUUUGCAGACAUCCCUGGUGAAUGUCCCUCUGCUAAAACCAAUGUUUUGCACCAGUUUUGCACCAAUUGGAAACUAACGCAGUCCUCUAUUGUGAAGGAAGGUGGAUCAGAAAUUGUUAAUGAUUAAAUGUUUAAAAAGGAAAGCAAAAUGAAUUCAAUCUGCUGCUAAAAACGUACAUGUCUAAUACCUUUCACUACAUUUCUGGGUGUCAGUGCUCUCUCAAAAGUAAGCUUGAUGAAAGAAAUAAAGAGAAAACUUGCCAAGUUUGUCAUGUUUUGGAGUGUUGUGGGGGCUCAAGCAAAUGGACAGAGAAACUGGGCCCCAGCCCUUCCCUCGCCAUAUAUAGUCAUUAUCAUCAUACGUAUUUAAUGUGUAUUAGUACAGUACAUUACUGUUGUCAUAGGAAUGUUAUGCACAGCGUUUCAUAUAGACUAACUCAGCUGAAUGGAAAACCAUGUCUGAUAUGUAGUGGAAGUUUUAUCUUCAUCUUAUACUGAAAGGGCGUUGUAAAUACAGUGGGACGGGGAGAUGAAAGGGGAGAAGGUGGGAGAGGAUGAAAGACAACGAGAGACAAAAGGAGGCUGGAUCCUCCCCUCUGCUCUUAUCUUCACCUGUCCUCGCAUCCCUCCUUUACGUCUCCCCCUCUUUUCUCUAAUGUCUGUUCUGUCCGUUGGCAGUCAGUGUGAAUCAGUGGCUAUCAUAUACACACAUACAGUUGCAUUAUAUUACACACACGUUGCUAUAUCUUCUCUCAUUCUGCGUGUUUGCCUCACGGGUUGGUUCAGGAGAAGGCGAAAUUGUUGGUAUUCACUAUGUGGUGACAAAGAAAAGUUUUAUUUGAGAUGAUAUAGACACUGAAAAAUAUCUGAGGGAGUCAGGAGUUUUUUUCCGAAGCACAGAAUGAACUGUAUAGUAUUUCUCCCUACAGAUCAUAUCUCCUCUCGCGUUGAUUUUCAUCAUUUAUAACAUUGUUCAGUUCAGCUAUGACGUAUAUCCUUGUUUACUUGACACGCAUUACAUUCGCAGGUAUUAUUUUUCUCUCUUGUCCCGCCAAGCUUCCCCCGUCACAUCGCUAUGUGAGCGUAGCUUUGUAAUGCAGCAGAGAAAACGUUCAUAAAAACAAGUGAACCUUUAACUUUUUUCCUUAUCUUUUCAUCGUGUCUUACAUUUCAACUUUGAUUAACGAUGGUAGGAACAGAAAUCAGAAGAGGUGUAUAAAGCAAAUAUAUCAUGGACGGAACUAGCCAUUGACAUUCAGAUGGAGCUAAGUACAAAUCUGUGGUGUUUUUUUACUCAAAGUAAAUAAAUCUCCCCCCUUACAUACCCUUCAAGCCUUUAAAACUCCUUGCCUAAAGGGCAGCGUAGCACUUUUAUUUAUUUGUACCUUCCCUGGAAAGUAGCAGUACCUUUGCGUAGCGUCAGCAUGAAUAGAAAAGACUCUGAUGAAUCAUUGUAGUUACAAAUACAGAAGUCAGAGUUGUUCUUCUUCAUUCUGAUUCUAUGGACACUCUUUGUUUCAGUGUGACUGAUACUUUUUUUUUUGUUGUUUAGAAGAAAAAAAAAACUCUACUCUUCCAAAGAGAUGGAGAGAUGAUUGUGGACAGUGUCAUUUGGUGUUGAUUUAUAUUUAAAAAAUACUAAACAAAAAUUACAUGAAGGGAUGUUUUGAAUGCACACAUGGAGGGAAUGUGUUUUCUGGUCUCGGGAUAGGCCUGGCUGUUUGUGAGUGUGAUUGUUUAUAAGAGAGAGGAGGAAUUUUGAUCAGAUCUGUGUUUGUCUCUGAAGAUGUGUCCCAGUUCCUUAUUACAUAUUACCAAGUUUUGAGUUCAAAGAGUGUUCGCACUGAAUAAAUUACAGCAUUAAGUUUACUGCUGAUUGUCAGUAUGGGUACUGAAUUCACUUAGUUUUUUUUUUUUUAGAGGGGUGUUGUUGAACUCUGAUGUCCCAGAAUGCAAUGGAGAAGCUGCUCACAGCUCGAAACAAUUUACACUUAUUGUUUUUCCAGAAAUGUGACAGUAAACAUAGAAAAAGCUGUCUCUUUGUUAAAGAUAUUAUCAGUAAUGCUCCAAAGUUGGAGUUUUGCUGGCCAAAAGUCUAUUCAUUCAUUGUAUUCUAACUGCAACAACAGUUUGGAGUAUGAAGAGAACUCACAGUAUUGUAUUAGUAUGUAGUUUGGUGUUGGGGCACAGCUUUAGGCCUCAUGCAAGAAGAGAAACAAAGUCUCUAUCUGGGCUCAAACUGAUUGGUUUCCUCUUUGCAAAGUGGAGAUGAAUUAUAUCAGAUUGAGAAAAGCGAUGCGAGAAAUGAAACCACAACAUUUUUUUGUAGCAUCAACACCUAACAAAUUGAAGCAUGCUGGAAUUAGUUUCACUUUCAGAUACGAACCUCUGCUCUUCUGCUGUUGGAGGACUUAGCAUUGACUUGAACAGCAGCCUCUCCUUGAUCUCUCUGAGAUCUUAUUUAUAACAGUUUUCAAACUUGUUUUGAAGUUUAUGGUUUGGAGCAACGUCCGCAGAACUUCCCACCAUAAAUGCUCGAUCAGUCAGUCUUAUCAAAUAUAACAUUUAUGGCUUUUUGUUGCCAGUUGCCUCUUUGAACAUGAUUAUUUUCCCUUUUUGACAGUCCCUUUGGUCCGCUACAGUGUUCAAUUUUUAUUGGUAUGAGCCUGUUUUUGGUUUUUAUGUUUUAUAUAAUUCUUUAUUUUUCAUGCGCGGAUUUGGAGCAGCACAGCUGCUGUUAUAAACGAUGUGGUGGAUAAACUGGCCUUCUCUCUCUUCACAGACUGUUGCCAUGGUGACAAUAAUGAGAACAGGUGCAAAAGUCUUUCUGCAUAUUAUUAUUGGCUGUACAAAAAAUAAAGUUUGUAUUUAUUGUGUACAAAUGUUAAUUAAUAAAAAAAUAUGGAAAAGUU